AUGAGGUUCUUUCACGCGCAGACAACAAACGAUGAAGAAUAUUCUUUGAAUUCUUCCCGACAAUCUACAGCUUCCUUCAUCGCGUUCCUUCCUCCCGAGAUCCUUGCCGCCAUAUUUGUGUACGCCCGACCUACGCGUCGUCUCAGACGCAAAUUAGCUUUCGAAGUAACUCUCAGCCAUGUAUGUAUGCAAUGGCGCGGCGUCGCACUGACGACCCCCGCCCUUUGGACCACCAUCGAUAUUUCUUCGACUAAGUCCCUAAGUUGGGCGCCCGUCUACCUUCAGCGCUCUGGAGAUGGGCUCCCGCUAGAUAUCCGGGUGGAUAUUUACGCAGAGGACCGACUCGUUCGCCACAGUGCGUCCAAAAACACCGCUAUUGUGCAAGCCGUCAGGGACUUGAUUGGGCUUUACAUUGGUCGUUGCCGGUCUCUCCUUGUUUUCACUUUUCACGAAGAAACAGCAUCCCUUAUUCUUUCCCGUUUGCACAACGUCGCCGCGCCGCUCUUGGAACGCCUACGCAUUAAUGCGGGUUGUGUUAGUCAACCCUUUGCAGAUACCACUGCUGCUGCUAGUUGCAUCUUAUCUGGCGGGGCACCACGGUUGAGGUUUUUGGAGACGGAGACGAUGCACUGUUUUCCCUUGGCCAACCUUGAGACCCUUCAUCUUCAUAGGCUCCAUAAUGCUGAACCCAUCGAAUAUGAGCAGCUAACGCAGAUAUUUGCAGCUCUCCCUGCGCUAUCCAACCUUUCCAUUCGCGGACCGAUCCACUCAUCGCAGUGGCCUCUUCACCUGACUGCUCCUACCUUCCUCAUGUCGUCCUUGAGAUCGCUCAUGAUUUCUGAAGACGGGCCUUUCGCAGUGAAGUUUUUGCUGUCGGUUUCAGCACCUUCGCUCCAGUCCCUAUGGUUGGAUUGCUCAAUUGACAACACAACCCUUUUCGAAGCCCCUCAGAUGCUCGCUGGGAAUAAGUUCCCUGUGCUAAAGUACCUCACGCUUGAGUCGUAUUCUAUGUACACCACCAACUCCUUCGCUGGCAUCUUUCCCACAAUAACCCACCUACAUCUAUCCUACGCGGCCUUGUUCCAUGUCAAGCAUUUCGAGGGUGCAAUGGUCGCCGAGCCAACAAUCUGGGGGCAACUGGCUACGCUGAUUGUGACGGCUAGGAAAACCGAUCACGCUCGUAAAUUUUUUGGAUCCCUCUGCCGCAUCCUCCCAGACCGUCGGCGGGCAGAAGCUCCUUUACAAAGUCUUUUACUGGAUGGCGACCUCUUAAGAUUUCUCCUUGCACAGAAGUCUGACCUGUUACACGAGCAUGUUACCAUGGAAGAGCUGCAUAAAGAUAAUUAUAGCGAAUUUUGGUGGGUCAAUCGACACGAAGAUACAGUUGAUAGAAUAGGCGUCCCAUUGAUUGGCGAGCCAUGA